UCCGACUUAUUUUCCUUGAGAUUCUGAUUCAUUUCCUUCCUGCCUUAUGUGCGUAUGACUACAUCGAUGUUGAUAGUCAGAAAAGAGCGGAAGUUUUGGUUGUGAUUCGGCAGGAACUCUGAUUAUUAAAACAAAAGUGUUGUGCACUUGAAGAAAAAAGAUUCUGUAACAGAUUUUUCUGUACAUUACCUACCUUCCCCUGCCCUUCAGAAAAUUUUAAUCCAAAAUAGCAUUAUGGAUUCAGUCAGUCAAAAUAUUGCUGAUUCCUCACUAAGACCAAAGGAUUUCAGCAGAAGCUUUAACCAAGAUAUGAUCACUAGUCAGAACAGAAAUGAUCCUUGCAAAUUCUAUGGUAUAUCAUAUACUGAAACUGCUUGUGCUGUGUCUGCAUAUAUUCCACCAGCAUCACAUCCUUUGAUACCCUCACAGUCAUUGGAUAAUAAUGGAAGUUUAAUGAUAUCAGUUACUUCACAGUCAGUACAUACUGGAGUGCUGCCUGCAUUACCAGAUGCACCCUUACAACCUUCAUCUAAUUCAAAGACAAUAAAUUCUAAAAAAUUAGAUCAGCCCAGGCCAUACAACUGCCAUUUUUGUUCAAAGAAAUUUUCACAGUCAGGUCACUUAACAAAACAUCUCCGAGUUCAUACUGGUGAGAAACCUUAUGAGUGCACUUUCUGCAAAAAGCGGUUUUCUCAGUCAAAUAAUCUUACUGCACAUAUGCGUACACAUACUGCUGAGAAACCUUAUGAAUGCCCUUGUUGUGGACUUGCCUUUUCUCGAUCUGACAACCUUGCAACCCAUGUCAGGACACAUACUGGUGAAAAAUGUUUCCCUUGUACGAUGUGUCCUAAAUCUUUUUCUCACUCUGGUAACCUCACCGAACACAUCAAAACACACACAGGAGAAAAACCAUUUGAAUGUGAAUACUGCAACAAGAAAUUUUCACAGUCAGGCCAUCUUACCAAACACCUCAGGAUUCACAAGGGAGAAAAACCCUAUAUAUGUAACUUCUGCUCAAAAGCAUUUUCCCAGUCAAAUAACCUAACUGUACACUUGAGAAUCCAUACUGCAGAACGACCAUUUUUAUGCAACUUUUGUUCAAGUACAUUCCCUCGUUCUGACUCUUUAAAGAGACAUUUACGUGUGCAUUCUGGAGAACGUAUUUAUGAAUGUAAUCAUUGUGAGAAAACAUUCUCUCAUGCAGGGAAUUUGAGUGAACACUUGAAGACACACACAGGUGAAAAGCCUUAUGCAUGUACACUUUGUGAAAAGAAAUUUGUGCAGUCAGGACACUUAACAAAACAUCUAAGAACACACACGGGAGAAAAACCAUUUUCAUGUUCAGUUUGUAAGAAAUCUUUUAUACAAUCAGGACACCUGUCAAAACACAUGAAAAUUCAUCAAAAAGACAGUUUAUAUCUUGGUACAUGUAGUAAGGAUUCAAGUUCCACAGAUCCCCCAGAAGCUCUAACAAAGCCUCCAACGUCAGAGAGUGUGUGUGCAGAAACACAGCCCACAAUAUCGUUAUAAAAAAAAUGCUGGCAAACUGAAAGAGAUUCUAUUUAAUGUAUUCAAUAUUUAUGGCAGUUAGUUGCGUAAGAAAGUCUGUUUAAUUGCCUUUUAUGCAAUUACAACAUUAAAAAAGCUAACCAGUUGAAAAAUUAUCUGGGUAAUGCUUGGUGUAUGCAUUACAAGAAAUCCUACUCUCUUAGUUUUUUGUUACUUUUGUUUACUUGUGUUGUAUUUUGUUAGAUAAACCUCACUUUUUUCUGCUUAAGAAGUAUAUUUGACCCUAUAGAUAAAGUUGUAUAUUAGGAGUUAAUGAAUUAUUUAAACUGAUCAUCAUACAAAAGACACCCUGUUUAUUUUUUUUGAAGCCUUAGAAAAUAUCAAAAUAUUUUGUUAUUGUCCAAUGAAAAAAAAAAAGGUAAAUAUAAAUUAAAUCAACUAGCUCAGUCAUACUGUAUGUGUGUGCAUAUUUACUAAGAGUGCCCAUACAAAUUUACAGGAAAUGUGAAAAUAAAUUUAAAAACGGUACUGUAUGACACACAUAAAACCCAUAUCCUCUAUUUAUUGUCCUGAUAGAUUAACCAGUUAUGCUGCCAGUAUUCCACUGUUUCUCAGUACAACUAAAUCUCAAACAAGUUAUGCCAUAUGGUUAAAUUACUUCCAUUAUUUUAGUGCAUCUGUAUUUGUUUCUUAGCAUAUAUCACUUCUCAUAAACUAAUGUAAAUCGACAAGUUGUUCAUUAGCUAAUCUUUAUAUCUAUUUCCUAGUUACAUUAUUCCAAAAUGGAGACCAUUUAGCCAAUGUAUAUGACUCUCAAAACAAAUACUUGAUAUAUUCUAUCUUUAAAAAUUAAAUGGUUUAUAGCUAAUUUUCCAUUCUUGUAUGAACCAAAUAUUUUAGUUGUUGGAGUAACUAUUUUUAUAGCUAGAUGAAGCUUUUCCCACUGUUGCCAACUUCAAAUUUGAAGUAGGGAGUUUAGUCAAUUAAUGGCUGUAGUAAGAUCCGAAAUUUCAACUGUUUUUUAUUUCUUUCAGUUUGAUUGGUCUGGAGGAAAAGGUUGUGCCAGCGUCAAUUUUAACAUUUCUCUUAAGCAGUUGCAAGUUGAUAGUUGUCAGCAGUCCCAAACCUUAACUGCACAGCAAUUACAUUGUCUUGAUAAAUGGUCCAUAAAUUAUAUAAUGAGUUAAAUCAAAUGAAGAUUGUUCACUGAAUUUAUUCACAUCAAAUUAUUUCUAUUUUGUUUGUAACUUUCAUGUCUCUGUUCUUGUUUAUAUUUAAUAUUUACUAAUGUAUUUGUUGAAAAAAGCUUAACUAACCCUUUAAUUUAUGGAUUGGAAAUAAUCUUAUAUAAUGUGUGUGUGUGUGUGUGUUUAAAAUGUACAGUGGGUGAAAAUUGAAGGUGGACAAUUACUGAUUAAAUGGUCAUAAGUUCAGACCUUAUUGCCAUAACUUUUUUUUUUUUUUGUGAUUUUGGCUAUAAAACAUAAUGCUACUGCUUUGCUAAUGAACAGGUACCAUUCCUAUUACACCUUUAUUUGAGACCUACUUUAUGUUAACCACUCGGGGCAACAACACUACUUUCACUGAAUUUCUCAAGAGCAAGAUCUUUUAAGAAAUUUACUGAAAGUAGUGAUUCCAGUAAAGCUUUGUUCCUUAUCUGGAAAAUUUCCUACUGUCUGUGGGCUCCAUUUAUCUCUCAUCUCUUGAAUUGGUAACAACUUCUUGUCACAUCAUACCCACAUAAUGUGUGCUGAUGGAGCUCUCACAGACACAAAUUCUAUCAACACUGCAACUUUUCUAUUUACUCAUUAAUGACCUGCUUUGUUAUCACCUCUAACAAGGUCUUUUCCUUUGUUACCACCCUUCAGUUCUCGCUAACCUUCCACCCUUCAGUUCUCUGUAACCUUCUACACUCAAGCAUCAUUCACAUGUAACUUAAACUCCUCAUACCAAAUCUGCCCCAACACUAUGAACAGAGAUUUCAAAAACAUCUUCUAUUGAAGCCAUGCCAAUUUCAUCUCCUUCAUCAGCACAAAAACACAAUACGUACACUUAUCAAGAAAACAUUAGUACAACCACAACCAUCACACAAGGACCAUCAAAAUGCCUACAAAUGCUUGAUGGAAGAUCUCUUCCGCCAAACACACCUUUAACAACAAGGACUGUAUCAUAAAGAAUGGCCUUUCACUUCAGAGCCAGUAAAAUAUUUAUUUCUUCAUUGCACACUGGGGGCUAAACGUAGAGGGGACAAACAAAGACAGACAAAGGGAUUAAGUUGAUUACAUCAACCCCAGAACACAACUGGUACUUAUUUAAUUGACUCCAAAAGGAUGAAAGGCAAAGUCAACCUUGGCAGAAUUUGAACUCAGAACAUAACAGCAGAUGAAAUACCGCUUAGCAUUUCGCCUGGUGUGCUAAUGAUUCUGCCAGCUCGCCGCCUUUGAGCCAGUAAAAUAUUUCAACCUCCAACAACUACUGAUUCUUGCAAAAAGUUCAAGUGUGACUCAAAAUAAUGUACUACACCCAUAUCUAGGAUGAUGCUACUACUACAUAUACAAACAUCCUAGACUGCAUAUAAAAAUGGUUACUUGAUAAUUAACAUGAAAUCACUUACUAACACACUCCAGUUUCUAGCACAAAUGCCUGCUGUUUCCUCUGUGUGCUUACCUGCCACAACUACAAUAGCAUCUGUUCCUUGAAACUGACUACUAUUGUGCCAACUACCCCUGAUUCACAUACACCUCAUCUGCUCAUCACCCAUAUUGCAUUCUCCCUUUCUCAUUUACCAGUGCACCCACUUCAACCUCCUUAGAACCUCAGUCCACUGGAAUUCUUUCCGUAAACAUGUAUUUUCUUGCAGCAAUCAGUUUGCAACAUUAACUACAUUGAUGUCAUUGACCUUGGAAUGCAGACCACAGACAUGGUCACCACCAAUAAGAAAAAAGUUAAAUGAUUAGUUACUUGUAAAGUAUCCUGCAUUAAAAAACAAAUUCACAAAAACCAUCCUACAGUAAAAAUAAAUGAUGAUUACUACAAAAUAUUUGUUCUAUGGUUUGUAUUCAUGACCAUUUGAUCAGGAUUCCAAGAACUUAAUUCCAGUCAUUGUACCUGCACAUCCAAAAUAUAUGGUUUAUUAUUUGCUAGUUUCUUUAAAUGGAAGGUUUGAACAUAAAUUGCUUGCCUUGCUGUGAAUAUUGUUGUUGUUGUUGAGUGGCUCUAGUUGAGUUUCUAAUUUUGGUACAGCAUUCCAAUUUGUGGUAGUGGACCAAGCAUGAUACUUGGUUUAACACCAGCAAAUAUUCUAUGAAAGUCUUCAGAAAAGUUUAUUCUGGUAUUAUCUCUCCCUCACUGCACCCUUUUUCCUGUUGCUGUUCAGGAUGAACAUCGGUCGAUUUUACUUUUUAUUUAUAUUAACUGUUGAAAUCUGGAAAUGUGUUUGUUAUACACAACUCUGAUUGUGCACACCUAGGAUAAAAGGUAUUUUAGAUAUGACUGUCUUGUUUUGUUUUUUUUUGUUUUUUUUUCAAAAGAUGUAAUAGGACUGUAUUUUCUAAGAUGGUCUUUCUGUUUUCAAACGGUCAGUUGUAUUUUGUGGAAAAUUC